AUGGAACUCAUCCCCCGCCGCCUUCUCUUCAUAGCCUCAAUAGGCAAUCCAGCCCCUUAUCAAAAAACCCGCCACAGCGCCGGCCACCUCCUCCUCGAUGCCCUAAAACCCCUCCUCGAAACCACAAUGCCAAACACAGGCCUCUACCACGAAACCUGGCAAAGUCCAGCCUACAUGAACGAAUCAGGCCCGAGACUUGUGCGAAGACUAGAACAAUGGGCGACGGAACGAGCAAACCGUCUUGAAAGAAUCGCCAAUGUCGCAACUCGUUCUUCGUCAACUACAGACAUCCCCGCACAACCUACAUACCCAACAACACUCGUUAUCCUCCAUGAUGAAUUAUCUAUCGCUCAAGGCAAGGUGCGCGUUAUACGCGGCGGGCCUGAGUCGUUUAGUUUGCGUGGUCAUCGUGGUCUUGUUAGUAUUUGUGAGACGCUGCGCAAGAAGGGAUUGUAUCCGCGUUCGUCUGCGAGUAAGAGUGUUUCGGGGCCGUUGGCGGAUUUAUCGAUCUUGCGGAUUGGUCUUGGGAUUGGACGGCCAACGUCGCAUGAGACGAAGGCUGUUUCGGAUUAUGUGCUGAAGACUGUUACUGAUAAGGAGCUUAAGGCUUAUCAGGCUGCGGCGAUGCCUGUGGUUGUUACUAUUCGGGAUGAGCUUCUGAGACCUGCCGGGAAGGUUUGA